AUGGCCAUGCUCGGCCGCUUCCGGCGGCGGAUGGCGGCGGCAGGCCUGUCCACCCUCAUCAACAGCGGCGCCCUGUCUCCCAGCGUGCUCGACCCCAAGAGCAUUGCCAACCUCGCCAACCUCAUGAUCAAGGUGGUACGUGAAAUCCCGGAUUUCAAGGGCGACGUGGCCCACCUGGACGGCAUGGACUUUGCCGGGGAGCUGGGCAGCGACUAUGUGCUGGCCGCGCGCGUCAACCUCAGCAAGAACGAUAUCAUCCGUUCGCUCCCGCUGUUUGAGACCUUCCGCACCGCCCUCGCAACGAUGGCCAACACGGUGGGCGGCCCCGUGGGGCUGACUACGCUGCUGAGCAUGCACGCGCGCAGUGGCGCGGCCGAGGCGGCGCAGCAGCUGCUGGACGGCACGCUGGAGGCCCACCUGGCGGAGCAGGCGCAGGCGCAGGCGCGGGUGCGGGCGGCGCUGCUGGCUGGCGCGAUGUGGCACGGCAGCUCCGGUGGUUCGUCAGGGGCCGGAGACGACGUCGACGACGGGGAGAUGGCCUGA